UGUGCCAGCCUCUUCCUGUAUACUGUGGGCCUGGACUGCUAGCACUGCACGCUGAGCUUCACUCAUAAAACCCGGCAUGGUGCUGCACACAAAGACCAAAUAUUUUUAUUGAUUUAAAGAUGUCAAGUGAAAAUCCAUCAAGUACCUUGCAAGGUGAUAAUAUUCCGAUGUCUACAUCUUCUCGGACCACUUCCUUAGCAGAAAAUGACAUGCUGCAAAAGCUGCAUCUCUCCUCACAAGAAGUGUUGGUUGCCGCCCAAAAGAAAGGCAGAUCAAAAUGUCCGAAAUGUAACAGCUCUAGAAUGUUCUACUGUUACACCUGCUAUGUGCCAGUAGAAAGUGUCCCUAUAGGUGACAUUCCAUGUGUAAAGCUGCCACUAAAAAUUGAUAUUAUUAAACAUCCUAAUGAAACCGAUGGAAAGAGCACAGCUAUACAUGCAAAACUACUGGCAUAUGAUGCAGUUACAAUUCAUACAUUCCCCUGCAUUCCAGAUUACUAUGACCAAAAGGAUGAAAUAAUUCUAGUUUUUCCAGGUAAAAAUUCUGUUUCCAUAAAAGAAAGCCUUUUAUUACUGAAUAAUUGUGAAGAUAAAAAGAAGGAAUCUUCUUGUGAGCCACCUUCCAAAUGCCUAAAAUUAAGCCAAGAUAAUUACAAAAGUGAAAAACAAGACAAAAAUGACAAAGUCAAGUUAAACUGUUUGAAGAAGGUUGUAUUUAUUGAUAGCACAUGGAACCAAACAAACAAAAUAAUCGCUGAUGAACGACUUCAAGGGCUGGUUACAGUAGAAUUGUCUGAAAGGAAGACUUGCUUUUGGCGUCAUCAAAAAGGAUCUCCGGAAACAUACCUUUCAACAAUCGAAGCUAUUUAUUUCUUCAUGGUAGACUAUCACACUCAUAUUCUAGAAGAGGAUUAUCAAGGAGAAUACGAUAAUCUUCUCUUCUUCUUCACAUUCAUGUACAGACUAAUUAAGGAUGCCAAGCAUUCGGCUGGAAAAAUUUAAUACAAGUCAUUAUGUUUCAGAAAUGUAAAAAAAAAGUGAAGAAUCGUCUUCUCUAAGUUUGAGAAAAUGUUUUACAAUUCAUGUUAAACUUAAUCACAUUUAUUUAAUAAACC